AUUUGUUAAAAAUAACUGUUGUACCACCCAGAGAAAACAAUAAAUCUGUUAAACCUGUUAAAAGAUAUUUGUUUGCGCUAUUCAUAAAAUGAGAAUCAGCCUUACAAUGCUAUCUUACGUACCACAUAAAGAAUGAAAUACUGUGCCAAACAUUGUAUCAUAGUCACAGCUGACUGUGAAAGGAGAAUGUAAACAAAAACACGUAGUAUAGUUAUUAGAAAAAAAUUCAUAUAUCGAUAGAACAAAUACUCAUUCAUUAAAUUUAAUGUAACACCAGAUAACACCAAAUGGCUGGAGAAAGAAAUAUUCUUAAUUUACGAUUUAAUCAGGAUCAAGGAUGUUUUACAUGUUGCAUGGAAUCUGGUCUUAGAGUAUACAAUGCAGAACCAUUAGUUGAAAAAGCACAUUUAGAAAAUGAUAUAAUGGGAAGUAUAGCUAUUGCAGAGAUGCUUUGGAGAACAAAUAUCAUUGCCAUAGUAGGUGGUGGUACAAAACCAAAGUUUGCAGAAAAUACAGUACUUAUUUAUGAUGAUCUAUCGAAAAAGUUUGUAAUGGAAGUUACAUUUACCAGUCCUAUAAAAGCUAUACGAUUACGUAGGGACAAAAUGAUAGUGGCACUUCAGCGAGAAAUACAUGUUUUCUCAUUUCCUAUGCCAACACGAAGAUUGUUAACUUUAGAAACCAGAGAUAAUCCAAAAGGAUUAGUUGAAGUUGCUACAUUAGCUGCUGCACAAAAACAACUUCUUGCUUUUCCUGGUCAUAAACAGGGUAGUGUACAAUUGAUUGACCUUGGUGCUACAGAAGCUGGAAGUUCUAGUGCUCCUGCAACUCUAGCAGCACACCAGGGAGCACUGGCUUGUCUCGCAGUUAACAGUAGUGGAACAAUGAUAGCAACUGCUUCCACUCAGGGUACUUUAGUUAGAGUAUGGGAUAGUAUACGUAGACACUUAUUAGUGGAAUUGAGAAGAGGUGCUGACCCUGCAACACUUUAUUGCAUUACAUUUAGUAGAGAUUCGGAAUUUCUAUGUGCUUCCAGUGAUAAGGGAACUGUACAUAUAUUUGCAUUAAAAGACACACAAUUAAAUCGUAGAUCGACUUUCUCAAAAAUGGGAUUUUUGGGAAAUUAUGUUGAAAGUCAAUGGGCAUUGGCUACAUUUACAGUACCACCAGAAUGUGCUUGUGUAUGUGCAUUUGGUACAAGGAGUUCUGUUAUAGGAUGUCCCACAGCAUUGGGGAACCACUUUGGCAGUGGAUUCUUCAUAUGAAAGCAAUAAAGGAGUUCAUAUAAAAAAAUGUCCUAUUUAAACUUGCUUACGAGUUAUAGCGAAUUUUAUAUUGGAAUACUUCUAUCGAAAGACAGAAAUAGUUAAGCUAGUUUCACUUACUUAUUUAUAAACAGAACACAAUAUCUAACCAGCAAUACCUGGAGAAAUGGAGAGAGUUAGACAAUCAAUGAUAAAAUGUCUCCAAUCUUAUGUUCUGAUGCAGCAAGGUCAUUUUCAACACAUCUUGUGGAGCUUUGCAAGUAGAGUUUGUUAAAGAAGAAACUUGCUAUAAUUUGAGCUUAUAUAUAUAGUAAGCCAUAUCAAAUAAAUAUAAGUCAAAUAGGGCAUAUGUGUAUGUGAAUUCCUUUUAUUGUAUUCCUGUGUAGAAUCCACGACCAAAGCAGUUCUCUGAUGCCUGUAUAAUAUAUAAUUUUAAAUUGU